GAGAAAGACCGCCAGAUUCGGGGACUGUUGAAACAAAUCAAUGAAUUGACAGAAGAAAAUCGAGCUUACGAACGAAGUAUAGCAAUGUUGCAACGUGGAAAACGGUCAAAUCUUGGGUGAGCUAGAAGAUGAUCUUGAAAAUGAUAAGAGUUUACUGCUACAGCAGCGCAGUCAAGUAGCCAUGCUGAACGAACAGCUCCAACAACAGAUAGAGGAAAUGAAGGUGAAGAUGACCCACAAUGACAGACGGUUGCAGAAAAAGAUGCAGCAGAUGACAACGUCUCAUCACGAAGACGUCAAACGGCUGACUAAUGCCCUGGAAGACACGAGUAAGAAACUGUCGAGCAGCGGUCGACCCCUGUCACCCGAAAUGAAACAUCAGCAAUCACAGAUGGAGGAGUUGAUCAGACAAUCCAGAGAAAAAGAAAAAUUACUUGGUUCACAGGAAGAGGUCAUGCUGCAAGAAAUGACAAAAUCAGUUGAAGCUCCUGUGAUGCCGUUUAGGGCCCCCAAAUCUCCACGACGACCAACGUCUCCAAAGCAUCUCAGCAUGAUGCCCAGCGAUGAGGAUGAUGAGAGUACAACAUUUGGUACAGCCACACACACUGGUAGUCUGCAUAUGACUGGAAAGGAAGCCACUCAAAGCACCCUGGGAAGUACUCUGGGGGAGAUGCCAUUGGGAACAGCUGAAUUCCUCGACCAAUUGCAUGGUAACAAUGCACUGACACUGCUACGACAGCAGUACGCCACCGAUUUACAAGAACGAAUCAUACGGCAGGGGAUUCCACAAGAUCGGUUGGUGGUCAGUCGACAAGUGUUGGAUCACAAGCUGCAGAUGCUGCAGACUCAGAGGCAGACCUACAUGAAGAAAUACGUUGAUUUUAUGGCUCUGCGUCAUCAUUUCGAUGAACUGUCCACUCGUAGAGCUAAAGAACAACUACGAAUGCAGAAAAGAUCUCCACGGCCUGGCAAUCCUAAUCCAUUGAGUGCUUCAACUCCUCCUGUGGUUCCGUCACCUCACCACGGACACCAUUCGCAGCGUUUCGGACACCAGAGUGCAUCAGCUGGAAAUUUAAGCUACCCUAGUACGACGGCUGGCAAUCCAGCCAUCCGAGUGUCAAGUCCAGGUGGUCCGAGGCCAGCACCGCGAUCAGCGUCCCCGGCAAAAACAUUGCAUUCUACUGGGUCGACCACGGAGUGGACGAGUACGAACUGGGAUUCUGACGACUCAGAGGAGAACGACUACAAGCAGCCUCGCGGCUCCGGUCCCGUCGUCACUGUCGCCAGGCUCUCUCCAUCAUCCGCCGCAACGUCCCCGCGACCCGGCAGUCGACCCAGGACCCCCACGCCCAGUCCCAGACCCCGCACUCGUGGCCAGCCCACCCUGAUCAAGGCAAAACCCCUCAAAGACUACAGCGAUGAUGAUGACGACGAUGACUUUGAUGAUUCCGAAAGCACAGUGAGUCCCAGGAAGGGACAACCACAGCCCAGCAAUCAUAAGGUUAUCAUGUCUGUUCCCAAACUGACACGUUCCAUCGAGCUACAGUUGAGUAGACGUAACGAGAACAAGAAGCCCGUUGGAGGAGUAGACACUGUGAAGACCGCAAAGACCACAAAGCUGCCCAAGAAACCAACUUCAGAUGUACUGGAGGAUUUUGACGACAGUGAUUUCUUGCUUUCGUCAGAUGAAGAGAAGUCACCACCCAAGAGACCAGGUACUCGCCAGAGUCACGGUGAGACGGACUAUUCCACUAAUACUUACGGAACUAGUGCUUGGGGCUCUUCCUCCAAAGUGGCGAGUUCGGUUGAUCGAUCUGGGGAGAAGAAACUAGCAGGUCGAAAUUCGUUUACCGAUGUCAGCGAGGACGACGAUCUCAACUUGGAAAACAUUUAAUGAAACAGAAAUACACGUCUACGGGUUCCAGUAGUGUUUAUCUACAUGGAUAACAAUGUGUACUACUGUGGUCAAAUUUGUAUGCUAGUAAAUACACUAAUUCUGAAACAUUGAGGAGCGGCUGUAUUUUUUAAGGAGUCAAGUAACCUCAUCAGCUUCAUUAUAUGUUAAGGAAUAGAGUCCACUUCUUUCAGGGAAUCAAGUAGCUUCGUUAUUUCAAAGAAUAGAAUAAAACUUUUUCAGGAAAUAAAGCUUCGUUAUUUUAAAGAAUAGAAUUAACUCUUUCAGGGAAUCAAGUAGCUUCGUUAUUUCAAAGAAUAGAAUAAACUCUUUCAGGGAAUCGAGUAGCUACAUUUUCACUAAGAAUAGACUUGAUUUUUUCAGGAAUCAAGUAGCUACAUUAUUAUUUUUUUAAUUAGAGUAGUACACUAUUUCAAGGAAUCAAUUAGCAACAUUAUUUCAUUGAAUAAAAUUAAUAUUUCUGCAUUAUUUGUAGGAAUGCAAAAACAUUAUUUCACAAAAUAGAGUAACUACAUUUUUUCAAGCAGUGGACUAAUUAUGUUAUUUUAAGGAAUCUAGUAAAAGUUUAUGUAACUACCUUAUUUCAAGGAGAUGAGUAACUAUAAUUUAAGGAAUAGAUCUUUUACAUAUUGGUUUUGAGUUUUUGUAAAUUAGAACUGACAACAUGAAAUCCAGAAAUAGUUUCUAACUGAUGCUAUGGGGUAUUUUUAAUAAAUGCCAAAUAAGUAAUUCCAAUUUACACUAAAACUCACAAUUUUAAAUGUUAUUUAUGAAAUACGUUCCUACUUAAAUAUAUUAUUAACUAAAAUUGUAUAUACAUUUAGAUUUUUACAUAUUGUUAUGACAUAUUUUAUUCAAUCAUUGGUUACAAUUACUUGUUUUCCCACUUGAAUCAAAAUGUUUUUAACAGUUGUAUCAUUGAAUGAAUUUGGUGUUAACAUUUGCAUAUUAUUCUGUCUAUACAUCAAAAUGGUGAUACAAGACUCAUUGAAAUAGAAAGAAUGUUUUUAUCGUUGGAAAUUAUUCUGUACCGUCCAUUUGCAUAAUUUUUAUAUACAUGUAUUAUAUUAGUGAGAGUAUUUUCCAAUAUGUUGCAUUAUAAAAUAAUACAAAGUGAAUGUUUAUUAUUUUAAGUUGUCUCAAAUGUUUGUGUUUUUUUUUUUUUUUUUUUUUUUUUUUUUUUUUUUUCAGUUUUAGCUUAUUUUGAUAAUUUUGUGGUACUUAUUUGAUAAUACUUUAAUAUUUUAUUAUUGAUGCUGAAGAACUGAAUAUUAAGUUUUGGAUUUUGAGGUCGUCUUUUUUUAUUUUUUUUUUUUUUAAAGGCAUAAUUUAUUAUGUUUUUAAGUGUUUUAUUUUCACAUAUUAUCCAUAGCAUAAUUUUAGUAACUUUCUACAAUUGUUUUUGUGCAUUUACACUCCUUACAUAAUACAAAAGAACCGUCCCGUAUUUGAGCAUAUCGAAGGAUUGCCAGUAAUUUACUGGGUAAUGUGUAACUGACAUAGUUUAUACAGGUAUAUGUAGUGUUAUGCAGUCCUCGGCCUUACAAACUGAAAGGUUGUUUUUAUUAUGUCUGGAAAUCCUUGGAGUUUUUUGUUUUUAUUAUGUCUGGAAAUCCUUGGAGUUUUUUGUUUUUGUUCUGUCUGGAAAUCCUUGCUGUUAUGAGGAAAUGUGUAUUUAUUUACAGUAAAUUUUUACUUUGCCUUAUAAA